AUGGCAGGACCAGGUGAUCCCGAAAUUUUCGGGGACGGUACCCUCGAACAACGAGUUGAAGAUAUCGAACAUGCUCCAGAAAGGACCAACACUUUCGUGCCUCAGCGCAGAUAUCUAACGGCCGCAGAGCGAGCACGACGCAAUUUGAACGCAAAACUCGCCAAUCCAUUGGCAGGUUAUAGUCACGAGGAGCUGCGCAGUCAAGGGAUCAAAUUCGCCAUAGAACAUCAUAUGGGUGAUGAAACCGACAUUCGCGCUUUUGAGUUAGGCGCGCUUCUGGCCCAGGAGCCUGAAAAGUUCGAUUCCUUCAGAAGCUUGCUUACGGACGAGGAAUUUGACGUUUUACAUCUCGAGUUCACUCACCUUAUUGCCUUGUGCUCUCUAUCAGCAGCGGUGCAAGGAAUGGAUGAAACGGUUGUCAAUGGCGCUCAGAUCUUCUACAAGACGCAAUUCGGCAUUGACGAUGAAACCUCGCGGUCUCGCUGGCUGCUCGGGUUGGUGAACGCCGCACCAUAUCUGUGCUGCGCCGUCCUUGGUUGCUGGCUGGCAGUCCCUUUCAACGCGUGGUUUGGUCGCCGCGGGACCAUCUUCAUUACAUGCUGUUUCUCCGCCAUCGCUUGCCUUUGGCAAGGGUUCGUCAACACUUGGUGGCAUAUGUUCAUCUCCCGGUUCGUCCUGGGCUUCGGCAUCGGUCCCAAGUCCGCAACUGUUCCCAUCUACGCAGCCGAAACUGCUCCUCCCGCCAUCCGUGGUGCAUUGGUGAUGCAGUGGCAGAUGUGGACUGCAUUUGGCAUCAUGUUGGGCUAUGCAGCGGACCUGGCUUUCUUCGAGGUCCCAGACCCUCCAAACAUUGUCGGUCUCAACUGGCGCAUCAUGAUGGCCUCUGCCAUGUUCCCAGCUAUCUUGGUCUGCUUGUUUGUAUUUUCCUGCCCGGAGUCACCGCGUUGGUACAUGUCCCAGAAUCGCUAUUACAAGGCGUAUGAAUCGAUGUGCAGCCUGCGUGCGCACAAGAUCCAGGCCGCUCGAGACCUUUAUUACAUGCACACCCUGCUGGAAGCGGAGAAAGGGAUGAAGCUCGGCCAGAACAAGAUGGUAGAACUCAUCGCUGUGCCUCGGAACCGGCGCGCCCUAAUCGCAUCCGAGAUUGUCAUGUUCCUGCAACAGCUAUGUGGCGUGAACGUUAUCGCGUAUUAUUCAUCUGAAAUCUUCAUCAAGGUGACAUCAGCCCGAAAUGCCCUAGCCACAUCCUUCGGCUGGGGGGUGGUGAACUGGCUCUUCGCCAUCCCUGCGGUCUACACAAUCGACACAUUCGGCCGUCGCAAUCUCCUCCUCACCACCUUCCCUCUCAUGGCCCUCGCCUGGUUCUUCACCGGCUUCAGCUUCUACAUCCCUGCGUCGGAACAAAGUGAUGCGCAGCUUGCGUGCGUCGCGCUAGGCCUCUAUCUCUUCGGCGUCGUCUACUCCGUCGGUGAGGGUCCAGUGCCAUUCACCUACUCAGCAGAAGCCUACCCGCUCUACGUCCGUUCGUACGGCAUGGCCUUAGCAACGGCAACAACCUGGCUCUUCAACUUUCUCCUGGCGAUCACGUGGCCCUCACUGCACGAUUCGUUCAAGGACCAGGGCGCGUUCUGCUGGUAUGCGGCGUGGAAUCUGAUCGGAUUCGUUCUGGUGCUUCUGUUCAUGCCGGAGACGAAGGGCAAGACGCUGGAGGAGCUGGACCAGGUGUUUUCGGUGCCGACGCGGUUUCACGCGGCGUAUGGGCUGCGCCAGAUCCCGUACUUCUUUAAGAGGUAUAUCUUGCGUCAGCAGGUGAAGCCGGAGAUACUGUACGAGAGGGAAGAUCCGGUGGGUUAUUCGAGUGAUUUUGUUUUCAACACUGCGGAUUGGAGCAGGACAAGAUAUGUGCGGGGACAUUGA